UUGGUUGUUCUUAUCAUGAAUGAAACUAUCAUGGAUCCAGUGAAGUCUACAUAACAAAAUUAUAAUCUGAGAUUGAGAAGCUAUUUGGGGCACAGUGUACAUAUAUACAUUUGGUAAACGUUUGAUUUAUUAAUUUCCAUUGAUUUUAAGAAUAUGAUUCUUAUUAGGAGUUGUAGCCAAGCUGUAGCUAGCAAUUUAGUUAGCUAGCUAGCAAGUUAGCUGACAACUAAUGCUUACUAGCUAGUUAGCUAGACAACAUUUGCUUGAAAACCGCACUUGCUGGACCUAUACAGCUAGCUAGCUAACUAGUUUGUCCUCUUUUCAUUGCAUUAGAAUAGAAUGAACACUGUACUAUUGCAAUCCAAUCCUAACGUUAGCUCACGAAUCCAGCAGACCAACAACAAUAGCCCUGACGACCUACCUAUUAUGGUUAGUGAGUGUAGGUUUAACUAGCUAGCUAGCGAACUAGGAUGUGACCGACAGGCAUACUGACAGGGCCAGUUUAGCUGUUACACCAAGAGGCCACUGGUGUUGUAAUGAGGAUGCUACCAAAGAUAAUUCAUAACCUAUCGCUAACUGGCUGAUACAGUCAGUCUAAAAGCCAAGAUGCAAGCCUAUUUGAACAACAUGCACCCAUUUUAUUUUGUAGGUCAGCUGUCCUCAUGAUGAACUUUGAUGGUCUGGACCCAGGGAUGGGUGAAUACGCACCGGCCCUCCAUGGGAGUCUAGAGGCAGGUAUGGAGCCCUCAAUGGACCCACGGCUCAAUCCGGGCUUGUUGCAAGGUGUAGAGCUCAAUCCAGAUGGUCUUAACGUGGCCGUACCCGAGCACAUGAUGGAGGGGAUGUUCUCUGAACUCCACAGUGUGCAUGCAGAAGUAGGCGUUCCUGUCACAGCAACUCACUUUGACCUGCAAGAGGAGCUGCUCUGGAUGGGAAACCACAGGGUAAGAUUCAAAUUAUUAUGCCAGAAAAUAGGGUAUUACUGGUACUUGGAACAUGAAGUGCGUCCACAAAUGUUUUUGUACACUUUGGUUUCAGUUGCCACUUUUUAUGUAAAUUUGCAAUAUGGGCUAUUCAGGAACAAUUUUCUACGAUACAAACUUGUUUCCCCACUCUCUUUGUCCAUAGGGGCAUGGAAUGUCCUUCUUUGGUCCGACAAUGGGCCGCUACUCUUCUUUCCAGGCACACUCAACUGAUGACAUUCGUCAGAUUCAGAGCAUGGAGACUGGGGUUCUGUUUCUCUCUAAGAGUAAUCUCAAGUGCCAAACUCGUGGAGGCCUGGUCAUGUUCGACUACCCGUGAGUUGCAUUCAAAUGCUAAUUCACAUUGUGGUUUUCUUACUGAUUUAGUUGGGGGGGAAAAAACAUUUAUGUUAUAAUACGAACCAUACACCCAUGUUUACUUAGGUUCAAAGGUGGGUGCUGAAAGCAUGCUUGCAAAAAUCAACAUUUAGUUGAAACAUCAUGUUAUAGUUUCAAAUCAGUUUGGAUGUGCAUCUUGAAUACCGUACAGUAUAAUGUAAUUGUCUUAAUUAAUUAAUGUGUGCAUUUCAGAAUGGAGGAGGGAGCUGACAUGCAUAGUCUGCUUAUGACAGAAAACAACACAAUGCUCAUGGGUGGACUACAGAACUAUGUGCUUGAAUUUGACCUUAAUACUGUGCAGCAGACACAAAAGGUAUUGCAUGACACCAGCAUGUGAAAAAAUAGGCCUAACUCUAAAGAUGCAAUAAAUAAUUUAGCCUCUAUUUUUGGCCUACAGGCUCUUGCAAAUAAGUGAUUGAAUAGGUGAAUAAUUGUACAUAUUGUGAUCUUUCCUUCCUAUGCCUAGUUUACAGUCGAGGCUCCAGGGGUAGCUAUCAUGCGGCAGUCCAAUCGUUUCUUAUUCUGUGGGAACACAUCUGGGAAGGUAAGGACAACAAGAUAGGCUCAAGGCCACCCAUGUUUCUCAGUGUUUGGAAGAUGUUAUUAUUAUUAAUUUUUUACAUCCUUAACCAUUCGUAUAUAUCUCACCAUCUUGCCUUCCACACAACCAGGUGUCCCUUUGUGACCUGCGCACCUUUAAGCUAGAACAUGAGUUUGAUGCCUUCUCCGGUAGCCUGUCAGACUUUGAUGUCCAUGGCAACCUCCUGGCUGCGUGUGGGUUCUCCAGUCGAGGAAUGAACGGACUAGCGUGUGACCGCUUCCUCAUGGUGUUUGACCUGCGCAUGAUGCGCGCUGUGACACCACUCCAGGUGCAUGUGGACCCUCUCUUCUUGCGCUUCAUCCCUACGUACACAUCCCGCCUGGCCAUCAUCUCACAGACAGGUAUUGAUCAAAUGGGGAAUGUGUUUGUUGUGCAGCCUGCUAGCUGUAUUUAUCAGAGAAUGCAGAAAAAAAGACUGCCUUUCUUUUCCCUCCAUCCCCAGGACAGUGUCAGUUCUGUGAACCCACUGGGCUAGCCAACCUGGCUGAUGUCUUCCAUGUCAACACCGUGGGCCAGUUGCUCAUGAGCUUCGACGUGUCCUCCAGCAAGCAGGCUUUGGCCUUUGGGGACUCUGGGGGAGGUGUGCACCUUUGGUCAGACGCCCCAGAGGUCUCCUACAACGGUUAUUCACGGGAGACCGAAUUUGCUCUGCCCUGUCUGGUGGACUCCUUGCCUCAGCUGGACUGGAGCCAUGACCUGUUGCCCUUGUCCCUCAUCCCCAUGCCCUUUAAUAGCUCAGAGCCACUACUGUCAGACUGGGUCACCACACAGGCCACUCCCAGCCCUAGGUAGGUAACAAAUUGUUUUAAGACUAGAUUUGUGACCUUUUGGGGACUUUAAUCUGCUGAAGUAGGCUAUGUGGUGAAUUCACUGCAUCUUGAGGUGGGGUAACGCCAACCCCUCCCCAAAAGUCCCCUUCACAAGGAAGGCAGUGCUCUCUGGCUCUUGAUAGAUGUAUUGUCAAAUAUUUCUCAACUUCUUCUCUCUCCAGACGAGCACCCCUAGUGGACCCAGAGAUCCUGCGCACGAUGAAGACUGUAGGGUUCAUUGGUUACGCCCCCAAUCCUCGCACCCGUCCCCGGAACCAGGUACGUCAAUCAUCCACAAAUUCAAUGUCUUUUUUACAUUAGAAGCAGUGGGUUUUCGUCUAUUUUAGAGAGGUUCAGUCCAGGCAGCGUUAUCCAGGAAGAGUUAGAUACUGAACUAUGCUUGGCUUGUAUAGACAUCCUCUCCUGGUGACCCAAUGUCCUGUUUGCUGUGUUUCAGGUUCCUUACAAGAUCAAGGAGGUGGAGCUGGACUAUGACAACUACAAUCAGGGGGUUCCUGAGUCUCCUAUUGGUCGAGAUGAAGAACCACACCUCUACAUGGUGCCCAAAAAAUACAGGAAGGUGUGUCCCUUUACUUAUUACAUUUGUUAUCUACCUGUAUAUGUGAAAUGUGUAGUUUAAUAGUAUGGAUAUGUGUUAUGAGCACAUGUAUGGUUCAAUGUGGGUGUUGAGGUUAGCUUUUUGUGUCAAUGAUAAGAGCUUACAUCUUUGAUUGUUUUGUGCCCAUCAGGUCACCAUUAAAUACUCCAAACUUGGGCUGGAAGACUUUGACUUCAAACAUUACAACAGGACCCUGUUUGCUGGCCUGGAACCUCACAUUCCCAAUGCUUACUGUAACUGCAUGAUCCAGGUGAGAAUCGGAAAUGAGUGGUGUUCAUUUAUAUACCGUAAAUAUACCAAGGUUGAUUUAUCCAUGUUUAUUCGUUAAUUAUUUGUUCCCAUUUACAAAUAACAUUUUUGUUGGAUUAUUUGAGUGAGUAUUUUCCCCCUGUGUGUCUGAUUGGUUAGGUGUUGUAUUUCCUGGAGCCAAUCCGCUGCCUGGUCCAGAACCACCUGUGUCAGAAGGAGUUCUGUCUGGCGUGUGAGCUGGGCUUCCUCUUCCACAUGCUGGAUCUGUCACGAGGAGACCCCUGUCAGGUAGCCACCAAUAGCCAUGACACAUCUCACACUCUGUCCUAUGGCCUAUCUUUCUAUCCCUACAAAAUAACAUAUUCUUUGCUAAAUGUAGUAGUGUGCUUAUGUAACAGAGUUGUAAUAAAGACAGUUUGAUGGAGUUGUAAUAGAGUGGUAAUAAAGCACUGUAAUAAUGUGUUUAUGUAUGGACUGAACUGACUGACCAUAGACUGACCAUAAUUAAACUGUCCUGCUGCCUACUCCCAUUGCCAUUCACUCAUUGCUACCACUGUCCCCUCUCAAAGGCCAGUAAUUUCCUCCGAGCUUUCCGAACUAUCCCGGAGGCGUCUGCCCUGGGUCUGAUCCUGGCUGACUCUGAUGAGCAGACGGGGAAGGCCAGGCUGGGCCGUCUCAUCCAGAGCUGGAACCGCUUCAUCCUCACCCAGCUCCACCAGGAGACGCAGGAGCAGGAGGGGCCACAGGCCUACCGAGGAGCCAGCAGCAGGUGACACUGACAAUUUGUACACAUUUUACUGCACCUUUUAACUUUUGUUUAAAAGAAAUGACACCCAAGCAAUCAAAAAACCAACAGAUAUUCUUUAAAAUGAUGUGCGUUUCUUACACUAUCAAUGAUAGGAAGUACAGUGCCUUGCAAAAGUAUUCAUCCCCCUUGCCGUUUUUCCUAUUCUGUUGCAUUACAACCUGUAAUAUAAAUUGAUUUUUAUUUGGAUUUCAUGUAAUGGACAUACACAAAAUAGUCCAAAUUGAUGAAGUGAAAUGAAAAAAAUAACUUGUUUCCAAAAAUUCUAAAAAAUAAAUAACGGAAAAGUGGUGUGUGCAUAUGUAUUCACCCCCUUUGCUAUGAAGCCCCUAAAUAAGAUCUGGUGCAACCAAUUACCUUCAGAAGUCACAUAAUUAGUUAAAUAAAGUCCACCUGUGUGCAAUCUAAGUGUCACAUGAUCUCAGUAUAUAUACACCUGUUCUGAAAGGCCCCAGAGUCUGCAACACCACUAAGCAAGUGGCACCACUAAGAAAGCGGCACCAUGAAGACCAAGGAGCUCUCCAAACAGGUCAGGGACAAAGUUGGUUGUGGAGAAGUACAGAUCAGGGUUGGGUUAUAAAAAAAUAUCUGAAACUUUGAACAUCCCACGGAGCACCAUUAAAUCCAUUAUUAAAAAAUUGAAAGAAUAUGGCACCACAACAAACCUGCCAAGAAAGGGCCGCCCACCAAAACUCACGGACCAGGCAAGGAGGGCAUUAAUCAGAGAGGCAACAAAGAGACCAAAGAUAACCCUGAAGGAGCUGCAAAGCUCCACAGCGGAGAUUGGAGUAUCUGUCCAUAGGACCACUUUAAGCCGUACACUCCACAGAGCUGGGCUUUACUGAAGAGUGGCCAGAAAAAAGCCAUUGGUUAAAGAAAAAAAUAAGCAAACACGUUUGGUGUUCGCCAAAAGCCAUGUGGGAGACUCCCCAAACAUAUGGAAGAAGGUACUCUGGUCAGAUGAGACUAAAAUUGAGCUUUUUGGCCAUCAAGGAAAAUGUCUGGCGCAAACCCAACAACUCUCAUCACCCCGAGAACACCAUCACCACAGUGAAGCAUGGUGGUGGCAGCUUCAUGCUGUGGGGAUGUUUUUAAUUGGCAGGGACUGGGAAACUGGUCAGAAUUGAAGGAAUGAUGGAUGGCGCUAAAUACAGGGAAAUUCUUGAGAGAAACCUGUUUCAGUCUUCCAGAGAUUUGAGACUGGCUGGAGCUGUUUUGCCUUGAAGAAUGGGCAAAAAUCCCAGUGGCUAGAUGUGCCAAGCUUAUAGAGACAUACCCCAAGAGACUUGCAGCUGUAAUUGCUGCAAAAGGUGGCUCUACAAAGUAUUGACUUUGGGGGGAUGACUAGUUAUGCACGUUCAAGUUUUUGUUUGUUUCACCCCAAAAAAUAUUGGUAGGCAUGAUGUGUAAAUCAAAUGAUACAAACACCCCCAAAAUAAAUUUUAAUUCCAGGUUGUAAGGCAACAAAAUAGGAAAAAUGCCAAGGGGGGUGAAUACUUUUGCAAGCCACUGUAAAUCAGCUUGUGGAUCACUAAACAUUUCUUUAGUGUAUACUAGAGCAUCUGCUGUGUUUAGUGAUGACUUUGGCUUGAUUAUUUUUCUCUUUUUGAUGCUUUGUUUGUUCCAGUGCUCUGGGCUCCUCAGGAGAGUCUGUGAUCGGAAGGCAGUUUGGGUGUGAGGUUGAGAACAGCAGCCUGUGUCGCUGUGGAAAGGAGACAGUACGCUCCUCUCUCACCUUGCUCUUCACCAUGCACUACCCUGAGCAGAACUCACUUGGUAAGUUUUCCCCAAAUUAUCUUUACUCUGCCAGCAUUUGACUAGUAUCAUUGUUAUUUGGAUUUAUUGAUCAUAUAUUGGUGUUUUAAAUCAUAUUCUGUUAGUUAAGACGAUAAAGGAGUACGACUUUGCUGAGAUCCUGAAGAAAAGUAUAUGUCUGGAGCAGAGUACGCAGGCGUGGUGCGAGAACUGUGAAAAGUAUCAGCCCACAGUAAGUGACCCUUUAAAAAAAAUGUGUUGUUUAUUUGUUGUUUGAGUCGAUUCUUUAAUGUGUUUUUCCUCUAUCCAUCUAUCUCUAGGUGCAGACACGGAACAUCCGCUGCCUUCCUGAUGUACUGGUCAUUAAUUGUGAGGUGAACAGUGUCAAAGAGGCUGAGUUCUGGAAGGCUCAGGCAGAGGUGAGCCCCGAAUUCCAAUCCAAAUCAAACUCUUCAGGGUAAUAUCAUGAUCAGUCAGUUCAACCGCUUGAGUAUUUCCUCCUACAAUGGCAAAUCGAGAGCUUGGGACUAUAAGGUUCUAUCUGCAUUUUUGUCAUUGACAUAGCCUUGUACUGUUCAAUGUUUUAUAUCUAUAUAGUACUCUAAAUACCCCAAUUCAUGUUGUUAAGUUCAAAAGAAUACAAGAUAAAAAUUGCUGACACCAUUCAAACCAAUGAGGGUUCGGAACUUUAAAGCCAAUUGUCUCAGAAUCAUCUUUUUGCAGAUAUAACUUUAUAUUCUCAAGCUCUUGAAAUGCUGAAUACAGACUGCUAUUGAUAUUUACAAUGACACGAUGGCCAUCUAUUUGAUUCAGAUAUUAGCUAUAGUAGCACAUUAGAGAUUUAGUACUUCAAUUAGAACUCUUAUCCCAAUGAUGUUGGUUGUGUUUCCAGUGUCAAUAAUAUUUUGGUACAAAGUUAUUAGAAUGAAUCAACCUGUUCCUCUCUCCACAGUACGCUUUCAUUAAGGCCAAGAAGAAAGAGGAAAUGGAACCCCCUAAGCCCAAAGAACCUCCACAACCACCUGAGUGGUGCUUAGAGUAAGGAUGAUAAAAAAUAACUAUAAAUAUUUGGCUAGUGACAGUUCAUACACUCAUGGAAAUAUUGAUGGGAAAGCUUGUUAAAACAAUGAGCUGACAUUUUGUUUUUGAACUGUUACCCUGCAUCGGGGUUAGGGUCAAUUCUAUGCCUAUUCUAUGGGCGGCUAUAUCUAUGGGUGAGUAGUUGAAAAAUCUGUCUGUGCCCUUGAGCAGGGCACUUAACCCUAAUUGCUCCUGUAAGUCACUCUGUAUAAGAGCGUCUGCUAAAUGACUAAAAUGUAAUGUAAAUGUAAUGUCAAUUCAGGAAGUAAACUGAAAUUCAAAUUUUCCUCAUUGCAUUUUUUAUUACCUCCAUGUUGUUUAGGGAGGAGCUGGUCAAUACAGAGGGCCUGACCUUUGACACCAGAGUGGAGGACCUACGUCACGUCUGGAUCCCUCUCACUCUGAAGAUGUCCAUCAGCAAAAGCCAGGGCCUAGAGAUCAGCAGCUGGCCAGAGGCCGAGGAGGUGAAAGACACAGAACAGCCAAUAACUACUUAUACUUCACAUUCAUAGGCUCACUCACCAAAUCAUUUUUCAAGACUUCCAUGAUUUUUCCAUUUUGCUCCUUGUUUUUGUUUUGCCGUACUGGUUUCAUAGUUUAAUAGAAUGAUAUGUAUUAGUAUGUCUGUUGUUGAAAUGAAAUGACAACACUUUUAUCAACCUUUUAGCUGAGCUCCACUGAGGAGGCUGAAGGAGCGUCUCUCUAUGACUUGGUGGUUACUGUGCCUCAUGUACUGGACGCUCGCACCGGGGGCAACCUGGUAGCACACAUCAAAGUGGGAGAGACAUAUCACAUCAGAAAAGAGGUGAGUGGAUGGAUAGAUCUGUUAUAGACAAAGUAAGGACAUCAACGGAAAGAAAAAAAAUGAUCUCACUACAAUACAUUUUAAUAGAAAGUUAGCCAAAUUAGAUAAGAUUUUGCUACCAUGGAAAGGACAUCACCUGUCUGUCUGUGGAAAAAUCGGCCUGAUUAAUUCUUUAGCCAUAUCCCAGUUUACCUAUUUACUUAUGGCCCUGCCUAUACCUAACGACUUGUUUUUUAAAUUAUAUGAGCAAAAAAUACAGUGGGGAAAAAAAGUAUUUAGUCAGCCACCAAUUGUGCAAGUUCUCCCACUUAAAAAGAUGAGAGAGGCCUGUAAUUCUCAUCAUAGGUACACGUCAACUAUGACAGACAAAUUGAGGAAAAAAAUUCCAGAAAAUCACAUUGUAGGAUUUUUUAUGAAUUUAUUUGCAAAUUAUGGUGGAAAAUAAGUAUUUGGUCACCUACAAACAAGCAAGAUUUCUGGCUCUCACAGACCUGUAACUUCUUCUUUAAGAGGCUCCUCUGUCCUCCACUCUUUACCUGUAUUAAUGGCACCUGUUUGAACUUGUUAUCAGUAUAAAAUACACCUGUCCACAACCUCAAACAGUCACACUCCAAACUCCACUAUGGCCAAGACCAAAGAGCUGUCAAAGGACACCAGAAACUAAAUUGUAGACCUGCACCAGGCUGGGAAGACUGAAUCUGCAAUAGGUAAGCAGCUUGGUUUGAAGAAAUCAACUGUGGGAGCAAUUAUUAGGAAAUGGAAGACAUACAAGACCACUGAUAAUCUCCCUCGAUCUGGGGCUCCACGCAAGAUCUCACCCCGUGGGGUCAAAAUGAUCACAAGAACGGUGAGCAAAAAUCCCAGAACCACAGUGAAUGACCUGCAGAGAGCUGGGACCAAAGUAACAAAGCCUACCAUCAGUAACACACUACGCCGCCAGGGACUCAAAUCCUGCAGUGCCAGACGUGUCCCCCUGCUUAAGCCAGUACAUGUCCAGGCCCGUCUGAAGUUUGCUAGAGUGCAUUUGGAUGAUCCAGAAGAGGAUUGGGAGAAUGUCAUAUGGUCAGAUGAAACCAAAAUAGAACUUUUUGGUAAAAACUCAACUCGUCGUGUUUGGAGGACAAAGAAUGCUGAGUUGCAUCCAAAGAACACCAUACCUACUGUGAAGCAUGGGGGUGGAAACAUCAUGCUUUGGGGCUGUUUUUCUGCAAAGGGACCAGGACGACUGAUCCGUGUAAAGGAAAGAAUGAAUGGGGCCAUGUAUCGUGAGAUUUUGAGUGAAAACCUCCUUCCAUCAGCAAGGGCAUUGAAGAUGAAACGUGGCUGGGUCUUUCAGCAUGACAAUGAUCCUCAUCACCCCGCCCGGGCAACGAAGGAGUGGCUUCGUAAGAAGCAUUUCAAGGUCCUGGAGUGGCCUAGCCAGUCUCCAGACCUCAACCCCAAAGAAAAUCUUUGGAGGGAGUUGAAAGUCCGUGUUGCCCAGCGACAGCCCCAAAACAUCACUGCUCUAGAGGAGAUCUGCAUGGAGGAAUGGGCCAAAAUACCAGCAACAGUGUGUGAAAACCUUGUGAAGACUUACAGAAAACGUUUGACCUGUGUCAUUGCCAACAAAGGGUAUAGAACAAAGUAUUGAGAAACUUUUGUUAUUGACCAAAUACUUAUUUUCCACCAUAAUUUGCAAAUAAAUUCAUUAAAAAUCCUACAAUGUGAUUUUCUGGAUUUUCUUUUCUCAUUUUGUCUGUCAUAGUUGACGUGUACCUAUGAUGAAAAUGACAGGCCUCUCUCAUCUUUUUAAGUGGGAGAACUUGCACAAUUGGUGGCUGACUAAAUACUUUUUUCCCCCACUGUAUUCCACUUUAUUUGGAGAUGCAAGCCAGACAAAAUUAAACGGUACUAUUUAUAUAAUUAAUAUGAAUUUAGAGGGCAGAAAUUAUUAAAUAUUAAAGCAUUGGACCUCUCACUAAAGGCUUCAGUCAUACAAAAACUAUACUUAAAUCUGAUGUCUCACUCCGUGUUCAAGAAUGGCUUUUUUUCCUUCAUUCAGAUUACAACCUCUCACUUUCGGUAAUUCGAAAAUGAAAUAAUCUCCAAAAUAUCACAAUUUUUAAAACAAGCAAUAGAAAGCUGGUUGCAAUUUCAGUUUAAUCCACCAGAAAAGACAUAACAAAUAUUAGAACAAAUAUUAUGGUUAAACUCAAAUAUACUAAUUGAUUAAAAAAACAUUAUUUUGGAAAAAUGUGUUUAAAAACGGUAUAAUCAGGGGCCACCCGAGUGGCACAGCGGUCUAAGGCACUGCAUCGCAGUGUUUCGGCAUCACUACAGCCUGGGGUUCGAUCCCUUGUGGCGGGCUGAGCGCCUGCAGGCUGACUUUGGUCGUCAGUUGAACGGUGUUUCCUCUGACACAUUGGUGCGGCUGGCUUCUGGGUUAAGCGUGCGGGUGUUAAGAAGGCCUCUCCCGAGCCCGUUGGGGAGUUGCAGCGAUGAGACAAGAUCGUAAUUGGAUCGCAAUUUGAUAUCACGAAACUGGGGAGAAAAAGGGUUUAAAAAUACAAUUAAAAAAAACAACAACGUAUGAUCUUUGUAAAUUAUAUCAUAAAUAGGACUUGUGGAGUUAUCUCACACAUGCAGUUAACAACAAUAUAUGGAAAUGUCUGCGCUAUCCAAUAUUAUAACCAACUGAUCGUAGCAUUACCGCAAAAAUUGAGGAGGCAAGUGGAAAGGGGAGAAGGUAAGGAUCUUGUCUGUCGGCCCUGCAUUAAAGACCAAAAUUGGCUAAAGAAAAUUGUGAUCAAUAAAAAAGUAUACCCGUUUCAUUUAAGGACCAAAAAAUGGACAGCUGCACCAUACAGGUUGGAAAAUAGUUGGGAGGAGAUUUUUGAUGUACCGAUUCCAUGGCACAUGGUUAAUGAACUGAUACACAAAACGACACCGGAUUCAAAACUUAGUUUUUCAAUUUAAAUUAUUAUACAAAAUUCUUGCAACCAAUAUAAUGUUAUAUAUAUAUAUAUAUAAUAUAUAUAUAUAUAUACAUACAGUGGGGAGAACAAGUAUUUGAUACACUGCCGAUUUUGCAGGUUUUCCUACUUACAAAGCAUGUAGAGGUCUGUAAUUUUUAUCAUAGGUACACUUCAACUGUGAGAGACGGAAUCUAAAACAAAAAUCCAGAAAAUCACAUUGGUGUCAUGCAAUAAAAUGCUAAUUAAUUACUUAAAAAUCAUACAAUGUGAUUUUCUGGAUUUUUGUUUUAGAUUCCGUCUCUCACAGUUGAAGUGUACCUAUGAUUUAAAAAAAAUUAUAAAGAAAGAAAAAUAUAUAUUAAAAAUAUUAUAUACAGUGGGGAGAACAAGUAUUUGAUACACUGCUGAUUUUGCAGGUUUUCCUACUUACAAAGCAUGUAGAGGUCUGUAAUUUUUAUCAUAAGUACACUUCAACUGUGAGAGACGGAAUCUAAAACAAAAAUCCAGAAAAUCACAUUGUAUGAUUUUUAAGUAAUUAAUUUGCAUUUUAUUGCAUGACAUAAGUAUUUGAUACAUCAGCAAAGCAGAACUUAAUAUUGGUACAGAAACCUUUGUUUGCAAUUACAGAGAUCAUACGUUUCCUGUAGGUCUUGACCAGGUUUGCACACACUGCAGCAGGGAUUUUGGCCCACUCCUCCAUACAGACCUCCAGAUCCUUCAGGUUUCGGGGCUGUCGCUGGGCAAUACAGACUUUCAGCUCCCUCCAAAGAUUUUCUAUUGGGUUCAGGUCUGGAGACUGGCUAGGCCACUCCAGGACCUUGAUAUGCUUCUUACGGAGCCACCCCUUAGUUGCCCUGGCUGUGUGUUUCGGGUCGUUGUCAUGCUGGAAGACCCAGCCACGACCCAUCUUCAAUGCUCUUACUGAGGGAAGGAGGUUGUUGGCCAAGAUCUCGCGAUACAUGGCCCCAUCCAUCCUCCCCUCAAUACGGUGAGUCGUCCUGUCCCCUUUGCAGAAAAGCAUCCCCAAAGAAUGAUGUUUCCACCUCCAUGCUUCACGGUUGGGAUGGUGUUCUUGGGGUUUUACUCAUCCUUCUUCUUCCUCCAAACACGGCGAGUGGAGUUUAGACCAAAAAGCUCUAUUUUUGUCUCAUCAGACCACAUGACCUUCUCCCAUUCCUCCUCUGGAUCAUCCAGAUGGUCAUUGGCAAACUUCAGACGGGCCUGGACAUGCGCUGGCUUGAGUAGGGGAACCUUGCGUGCGCUGCAGGAUUUUAAUCCAUGACGGCGUAGUGUGUUACUAAUGCUUUUCUUUGAGACUGUGGUCCCAGCUCUCUUCAGGUCAUUGACCAGGUCCUGCCGUGUAGUUCUGGGCUGAUCCCUCACCUUCCUCAUGAUCAUUGAUGCCCCACAAGGUGAGAUCUUCCAUGGAGCCCCAGACCGAGGGUGAUUGACCGUCAUCUUGAACUUAUUCCAUUUUCUAAUAAUUGCGCCAACAGUUGUUGCCUUCUCACCAAGCUGAUUGCCUAUUGUCCUGUAGCCCAUCCCAGCCUUGUGCAGGUCUACAAUUUUAUCCCUGAUGUCCUUACACAGCUCUCUGGUCUUGGCCAUUGUGGUGAGGUUGGAGUCUGUUUGAUUGAGUGUGUGGACAGGUGUCUUUUAUACAGGUAACGAGUUCAAACAGGUGCCGUUAAUACAGGUAAUGAGUGGAGAACAGGAGGGCUUCUUAAAGAAAAACUAACAGGUCUGUGAGAGCCGGAAUUCUUACUGGUUGGUAGGUGAUCAAAUACUUAUGUCAUGCAAUAAAAUGCAAAUGAAUUACUUAAAAAUCAUACAAUGUGAUUUUCUGGAUUUUUGUUUUAGAUUCCGUCUCUCACAGUUGAAGUGUACCUAUGAUAAAAACUACUGACCUCUACAUGCUUUGUAAGUAGGAAAACCUGCAAAAUCGGCAGUGUAUCAAAUACUUGUUCUCCCCACUGUAUAUUUACAAAAAAUAUAUAUAUAUGGAGGAUUGGAAAUUAUGCAGACAAUUACAUUGAUAAAAGCCACAAUCUAUCUGCAAUAUAUUUUUAAAAAUUAAAGCCUAUAUGUGCUAAUAAUAAUAUUUAGAAAACUAUUUGACUAACUUAUUUUUGUUCAUGUUGCGGUUUAAGGGGGUAACACAUCAGCAGUGGUAUCUAUUCAAUGACUUCCUGAUUGAGCCAAUUGACAAGGUAAUCUUUGGUUACUGACUGAAUCAACACAUCAAAUAUCUUAUCAAUAAAUGAUCUCUUAUCAAUUCUUCAAAUAUAACAAUGUGUUUGUAUUUUGUUUUUGUUCAUGUGUCUCAGGCUGAAGCAGCACAGUUUGAUGUGAACUGGAAGCUGCCUGCCAUCCUGUAUUACGCCAAGAGAAACUACCACUCCAAAUACGACCUACGCAGUAAGCCAUCCACUCAUUGUCAGUUACAGUUUCUUCAUUUAGCUGAUCAGGGUCAACAUGACCAUGGAUUGUAGUAUACAUUAUACAUACAGGAUUUCAUUUAAAUCAUAUAAAAUUAAUAAAUAAGGUAAUUUCAGCAGUAGAUAUUUGCUUUAGUGCAUGCCGCUCCACAACAUAACCUUGACCUCCUCUGUGAAGAUGAGGGAUGGUUGUGGUACUGUGUAUGACUGCACUCAUUACCUGUUUAAGAACAUCCCCACCCCAACACUUGAUGCCUGUCUGUCUUCCCCAGUUAAGAACCCCAUCGAGGCCAGUGUGCUGCUGACAGAGGCGUCACUGGCGCGGAAGCAGAGGAAGAGCCAUGCCACUUUCAUCCCCCUCAUGGUCAGUGAGAUGCCCCAGGCUGGAGAUCUCGUGGGACUGGACGCCGAGUUUGUCACCCUCAACCAGGUCAGUCUGGCAGAAGUGUGAUUGCUAGGUUUUGAGUACAAGUCAGACUAUGCUAGGUCAACAAUGUAUCUGGGUAGAAGGUUCCUUUAGGUACUGAUCCUGGAUCAGUUUUUCCUACCCAGAUCCUAACCUUAACCAUUAAACAGGUGUAUAAUAGGGGCAGCUUCACCCUAGCAACAUAGCAAUGAGGAUAAUAAUUAACAACAACAGUGAUACAUCAGGGAGCUCUGCUUGGAGAUCCAUGGUUUAAAUUCCCCCUUAUGGACCAGAUCCAUGUCUUUAUCUGUGUUUAUAUAGGAGGAGGCAGAGCUACGCAGCGACGGCACCAAGUCCACCAUUAAGCCCAGUCAGAUGUCUGUGGCACGGAUCACCUGCGUGCGUGGUCAGGGUCCCAACGAAGGAGUACCGUUCAUCGAUGACUACAUCUCUACUCAGGAGCAGGUAAUGCAGCCCCUCUCGCACUGGCAAUAAUAAUGACUACUUUAACAGGAUGGAUGGAUGUUCAGAUAAUUAUUGCUAUGCAGUAAAAUCUGAUGUUGUAUAACCACAAACAAGACAGCUUCCUAACAAAGUGACCUACAUUUAACUCAUCUUAGUUCUUAAAGUGUAUUCUUCCUCACUGUUUUGCUGGUGCAGGUGGUGGACUAUCUGACCCAGUACUCCGGCAUCAAACCAGGGGACCUGGAUGCUAAGAUUUCCUCCAAGCACUUGACCACUCUAAAGUCAACUUACCUGAAGCUGCGCUUCCUCAUUGACACCGGAGUGCGCUUUGUUGGCCAUGGUUUACAGAAGGACUUCCGGGUUAUAAAUUUGCUGGUAAGUUUGUAUACUUAAUAUACCUGAUUUUUAAAUGGAACCAAUUUUAUCUGUGCUUCUAUACCCCUGGCCUCAGUUUUAGUAAAGAUUAUGGGCCGGUUUCCCAGAGACAGAUCAAGCCUAGUCCUGGACUAAAAAGCAUGCUCAAUGGAGAAUCUCCUUUGAAAUUGCUUUUUAGUCCAGGACUAGUCUUUAUCUGUGUCCAGGAAACCAUCCCUAUAGGUUAGCUAGAUUAACAGUAGACAGGGUAAUUUCAAUGGAGGGAGUGUGGGAGCUCAUCUCUGUUUUGAUGUACCUUGCUCAGGUGCUGAAGGAUCAGGUUGUUGACACAGUCUACCUGUUCCAUAUGCCUCGUAAGAGGAUGAUCUCUCUGCGCUUCCUCGCCUGGUACUUUCUGGGUAAGAGCUUAUACUCCUCAACCACUGUUUUGCUCAUAUAGAAAUGACUACUUAGUCUGCCAUUUUCCAAAUUCAUCCAUGUAACAUCCAAAUUGUGUGAAAUGGCAAAACUGCUACUUGCUUCUCCAGACCUUAACAUCCAGGGUGAGACCCAUGACAGUAUCGAGGAUGCACGCACUGCCCUUGCUCUGUACAGGAAGUACCUGGAACUGAGUCGUGGAGGAGGGAAUGACGAAGUCCGCAAAGUUCUGAAGGGUCUCUAUGAGAAAGGCCGCAAGCUAGACUGGAAAGUCCCUGACUGUGACACAGGAGAUGGUCAAGGUAGCCCAAAAAGUACGAAACUGGCAUUGCAUUAGAGGGUGUAAUGUUGGUGGGAUCUGGAUAUUAUUGGGGCUAACUAAACUUUAUUUUUAUUAGCAGUAUACGGGAUCUAUCAAUCCACGUUGAUUGAAUGUAGUCCCCUCCCACAGGCACAGACUUCCCCCCCCAGUGAUGGGACUGUGAAGGGUGCCUGAAGACAUUCCUGCCAAACUGAUUUAAUCAUGGUGUUUAAUCAUUUCAAUCAGCCUUUUCAUUUAUAUUGUUAAAACCAGUACUCACGAGGUAUUGACUCCCAUAAAGUAUGAAACUGAAUUAGUCAUCGACAAGAGCAGAAUGCUGAAAGAGGUUGUGUCAGUGUCCCAACUUUCCACAUAAUAUUGCUUGCCUGUACAGUACCCUGAUCAGACUCAGCCAUUUACAUUAUUUGAAAAAGGACUGAACAGUUGUGAUCUUCUCCAAAACAGAACUCAAAACAAUUUCUGCUUUCAUUUUGUAUUUUUCAUUAGAUUUCUAAAGAGUGUUUGUCAUUAAGCUGUACGUUAUGCUGCUUACAUGGGCAAAGAAUGUUAAAAAUGUGAUGAACUUUUUAUAGUGAUGUUUUUUUGGGCCUGUAAUAAAAGCUUAAUACAGUACAGUGAA